AUGAUUCUCUCAACUCUUGGAACGGGCCUCUUCAUCGGUGCCGGUCAGGCUUUGGCCGUCGGUGGUCCAGCAGCACUCGUUGGCUCAUAUGUCUUCCUUUCCAUUCUGAUGUAUUGCCUGACGACCGCCGUGGCUGAAGUGGCAGCCCAUCAACCUCGUCCCUUUGGUACUCUGAUUACCCAUGGGUAUCACUACAGCUCAGGUCAUCUCGGAUUCUCCCUUGCUUACUUACGAUGGUACACUCUGGCAAUGAUGGUACCGUUUGAAGUCACCACCGCGAUGAUCAGUCUCGGUCAGUGGGAUCCGGCGCCCUCCGUUGCUAUACGGAUCACAGCAGUCACCCUUGCGAUCUUUCUGUUCAACAUGCUUCCGGAACGGGAAUUUAUGCGAAGCGAAAUCAUCUUCACCGGCUUGAAACUCUUCACCGCUGUCGGGUUCAUGAUUGUCUCCAUCUACAUGGCCAUUCGGGGUAUUCCUGGCACAACAAUCCGAGGGUUUCAUUAUUGGCAUGAACCUGGCCCGUUUAGUGAAUACCUGGUUUCCGGAAACGGGGGUCGCGCUUUGGGCUUCCUCCAGUGUCUUCUCUACACGGUGAUUGCCUUCUCCUUCGUUCCGGAGUUGAUCGUGCAAAAAGUCGAGCGUCGUGAAGCGGAGAACCCUUCAAGCAUCCUGCGGUCAACACGGCUUGCAAGUCUCCUACUCUUCACGCUCUACACUGUCAGUGCCUUCAUGAUGACCUUCAUGAGUCCCUUCGACGAGCCCUCCUUGACGAACGAUGGCCUCGGGGCUGGAGCUUCACCCUUCGUCGUUGGUAUCGAUCGGGCUGGCAUCCGUGCGCUAUCUAUACUUGCUAGGGCGAUGAUCUGCAUCUCUUCUGUUGCUUCUGGACGCUCGUUUCUCUAUCAUUCAUCUCGCACACUCUGUGCCUUGGCUGAGACUGGCCAUGCCCCCACACUCUUCACGGCCCGCAAUCGACUGAGCGUGCCGUAUGUAGCUGUUGUUGCCUCUGCCUUGUUUGCGGUAUUUGGGUAUCUGUCGGUGUCAGUGUCCAGCUCUUCUGUGCACAACUCAUUGCUGUACUUCAUCACUACGUCGAGCUCCAUCUCAUGGCUCGGUGCCUGUCUCGUCUACAUCCGAUUUCGACGACAGACAGCCGAUGAAGGCUUUCUGCAGGUGUACCAGUCCAGCAUCCAACCUUAUGGGGUGUAUCUGGCUGUUGUGGGUUGCGCCGUACUACCUAUUGCCAACAGCCUCCUCAUGGCUUUCCCUACACCACCCGCAGAUGAAGCCCCUGCUCUGUCUGGACUGAAGGUCCGCAACGCGGUCCCCGUAUACACCAGCAUUGCCAUCUUCUGGAUGCUUUACUUGAGCCAUCGAUUCCGAACUUCCUUGACGCAGGGGUUUACCUCGUUCCGCACAGUUCCCAACGAGCAGGCGCAGAACAAAGCCCGCGCCGGCUCUGGUCGAUCAUCUGGACAGCGUGUGUGGUGGGAGAUGGCACGGUCAAGAAAGGAUUCUCCUCCUCGCCCCGCUGAGGCCGAAUCUACAAUGGGGCCAUGA